UACCUUAGAGUUGUCCGUGCUUCGGUCACUUGUGUUUCUAACUCAAUCUAUCACAAUGUUCUUGUUGUUCUUUCUUUAGGACUCAUUUGAACAGGACCAAUUACUAUCUUCUUCAUUAACGUCUCCACCAAGCUCUUCGAUCACCGAACAUGUUGAAGAUCUAGAUAGUACCAAUGAGAGAUCAGAGCGGCCCAGCCCUGUAUCUGUGCUUGAGCCAUUAUUCACAGAAGAUGACAUCAGCCCUGCAAGGAUCAAAUCCCAAACAGUCGAACCUCCCAUGCAGCCACUGCAGAUCCAUUUCGAAGAACGGAUGAUUUGUGCUACAAGUCGAGAAAUUUGCAUAAGUACUUGUAUGGAGGACGAGGAAUCUGCGUUUGAGUAUGUUGAAGCAGUUUUAUUGGCUUCCGACUUGAAUUGGGAGGAAUUUCUCUUGAGGUGGCUAUCUUCUGAUCAAAUUCUGGACGCAUCAUUGUUUGAUGAAGUAGAGUUGUUUUCAAACCGAUCUUGUCAUGACCAAAAGCUCCUCUUUGAUUGUACUAAUGAAGUUCUUCAGGAGGUUUGUGAGCGGUAUUUUGGUAAUUCCCCUUGGGUGUCGUUCAUAAAACAUAACAUUCGGCCAAUCCCAAGGAGGGAGAGUCUCAUCCAUGAAGUAUGGGAAGGAGUUGAAUGGCAUCUGCUCCCAAUGCCUUCUCCUCAUACUUUGGACCAAAUUGUCAGAAAAGACAUGGCGAAAACCGGAACAUGGAUGGACCUCCGAUUCGAUGUUGAAAGUAUCAGUAUUGAUAUUGGAGAAGCCAUUUUUGAAGAGUUGGUGGAAGACGCCAUAUUGAGCUUUGUAAAUGAAGGUGAAGAAGUCGAUUCUUCUAUGCUCCCAGAAGAGUUGGUAGAGAUUAAUGACUUAGAUUUGUAAAAUGCAGCCGACUUCAUUUUGUUGUUCGUUUGGGCCCACCUUGAGGCAGCAUGGGAUGGGGCUAUGACAUCUCACCAAGUUGGUCUUUUUCUAACAUUCUCUACUGAAACUAUAUGGAUAUGACAAAUUUUCUAGUCUGUUUAACCCUAGCUCAUGAGCUUUCUUUGCCGAAAUAAAAGAUUCUUACCAAAUAGGGAAGGGAUCGAAAACAUCUAUCUCCGGAGUAGGUGUUCCAUCUGGAAACAAAUAAUGUCAGACUGUGGCGUUUCCAUGACCAUGACCAUGACGAGCAUCGUUUUUUGUGCAGUGGAUUUAUAACCCAACGGCUUGAUGACUUGAGGUGUUCAUCUUGUAUAAUUUGUAGGAUAUGGUGUGUGGAUUGUGUUUUGUAUCUAUUUGUGUGAAAAUUUUCCCUCUUUUGUUGUUUGAUGCUAUUCAUUUCUCUUUUUGUUUUUGUGUUUU